AUAUCGAUAUCGUCCUGUUCUCUUUCUUCCCACGUUCGUUCGCUGAUCUGAAACGCGUGCCCGGCAAGCUUGGAAUUUAAAGUGAUUUCAGUGAUCUUAUCGCAAGUUUGUGAGUGAAGCACGUACUUUAAUAAAAAGGAUUCCUUCUUUUUCAAACCGAAAACAUAGAAAGCCCGCUCUUCCAGCGUAAAUAGAUAUUCGCUUUGUACUACAUCGCGUGCUCAAAGUUCCGUUACUUUUGCCAUUUUGCAGCGUUUCUUUAACGCGCCAUUCUUUCAUUCACACGUUCUUGCGUAGUUCCUUGGAAUUGAAGAAAUGGAAAAUUGUGAGGAAAAGGCGUGCGUCAUCUGUGGCACACUGGCCAGAUUGAUGUGCCAGCGAUGUGGAGAACCGUACUGCAAGGAAGAGUGCCAGAGAUAUGAUUGGCAGAGGCACAAGUACUUCUGCAUCGUAAUGCCACCCUUGGUGGCGAUCAGGCCUCUUCAAGCGGCGUUGAAUCCAAUCCAGAGCGAAGAGAACCAAGUUGCUGUGGCUAAAACUCACACUAAAUCGCCCAUCCCAUGUUUGGAGCCUACUGCUGCUGUGCCCAACAAGCAGGAUCUCUCCAAAAACUGGCAGGAGCAUUUGCAGCCGUCUGACACGGAUUUUUUCGAGUGCCGCGUGACCUUCAUCGAGAACGAUGGAGCCAUCUGGGUGGUGGACGUGGCGAACGUGGAGACCAUUGAGCGCAUGACGGCCAACAUGCAGCGCUGCAUGCAGAAUAAGAAGCUUAUUCGUAUGGAAAACGUGCAGGAGGACACCCUGGUGUCCAUCAGUGUGGGCGACAAGGUACACCGCGGUCAGGUUUUGAAGGUCUGCCAACAGAAGCAAGUGGCCGAUGUCCGGAUGAUUGACUACGGUCUGACAGUAGCUACACCGUUUCGGGAUAUCUACACCAUUGUGCCCAAAAUGGCCGAAAACCAGGCGUUCGCUUUCCGUGUUAAAUUGCCCACGAACACUGGAGUUCAGGUCAAUAAGAACUUGACGCUCCGUCUGUUGGGAACCAAAACCCGCGACGGUGUUUAUCACGCCCACCUAAAGCCCAAGAUGAUAAUACCACUAAGUUUGCCCUUGGAGAUGCUGCAGCUCAAUCCAGAAGUCAAGGUGAUCCGGGUCUUUAAGGCAAAUCCAAAGCAUAACGAGCCGCAGCUGGCCCUCCUCCAGAUCAACGUGAUGGGCUCUGUCAACGCAGAAUUAAACUGCAGCAUGGCCGGGAAGCCGAAACAGGCAUUUACGCUGCCUUUCCCCGAGGAGAAAUGCACCUUCUUUGCGGCCGCCCGCACUAAGGAUGGUUAUCGGCGAGCUUUCCUAUUGGAUCAUAUCGUAAAACCGACGCCCACCUUUUUGGUUUACGAAAUGGACGAGGGUAGAGUGUCCAUAACCACCGAACUGAGUCGUAUUCCCAGCGAACUACUUGACCUGCCCAUUCGAGUGUUUGCCGCUCAGCUGGAGGACUCCGUACCCGAAGAGCUUCAGACUCAAGGUGCAGAACUCGCGGUCAAGUUUAAGCUGGAUAAUCCGCCGCCCAAGGAAAAGUUACGCUCGGCAAAUGCCGCCUUGAAUUCCAAGGGCGAGCAGAUAUGCAUGGCCCGCCUGAGCACGUUCCUGGGUCAGAUUUCCAAUUUAGGCCACAAGUACUGGCGUGAACCAAUCGUGCAUGAUUCCAUCGUAUUCAUUUCCCACUUGGUCAGCUUUAAGGAGGUAUACAUCAGCACUCCAGAUGCCAAGCAGUAUGCGGAAAUUUUCAAGCACCUGGAGUACAAGUGCGCUCCCAUUAACGAAUCUUGUGACGUUUCCGUUGGCAGCAUCGUGCUCGUUGUCUCCAAGCAGAUGGGACACUUCCGGGGCGAGAUAUUGAGUAAUGCUAGUGGAAUGUACGAAGUAAAGAACGUUGAUACGGGUGCCACCCAAAAGGUGGAGUUGGCGGAAAUACGCAGAUCCUGUCGCUUCCUGGAGAAUUUGCCCGUCUAUCUGAUGCGUGUGCAGUUGCAGAAUAUGUGCAAUAUUCCGGAUGCAGCUGUGCCAGUCAACAAUGCGGCCACUCAAAUGCUGCACAAGCUCUGCGCCCAAGAAGAACUGCUAAAACUCAACAUUGUAGAUGCAACUACAUCGACCGCGGACCUGCUAUUCAGCUCCGGCGAUUCGCGCUCCUUGACGGCCCGAUUGCUGCCUCUUAUAUUUACACCGAUACAGGAAAAAUCGGAAGUUGCACCACCGAAGGCUGCUCCUACUCCGAGUCCAUUGCCUGUUGCAUCUCGCAAAGAGCAGAAGGUGUCUUCACAGAAUCUACUUCUGCUGGAUGCAGUCAAUGAUCUGCCUUCACUGCCGCCCUCUCCGCCGGAGUCGCCUUCUCCUGCCGUUGUGCCAACUAAAAAGUCUGCUUCCCACGUUCUGCCCAUUGAACGCUUCCUUUUCAACGAUUUGCCCAAGAAUCUAGCUCCUUUAGCCGACAAGGUAAACCUAAUCCUUAUGAACGCUGACGGAUUGCCGCAGACUGGCUACAUCACCGCAGCCUACUUCAAGAACGGAAAGGAAGCCGAAGAAUUCAAUAAAAUGCUUAGCUUGGCAGGCAGUCAGGGAGCAUGUGACCACAAUGCUGUUCCGGGUUACGUACCAAACGUUGGUGAACUGUGCCUGGCGCUCUUCAGCGAAGAUAAGAGCUGGUAUCGCGGAGUCUGCCAAAAGGUAAAGGACAAUAUGGUCAAAAUUCUAUUCCUUGAUUUCGGAAACACGGAAUAUGUGGCCGUGGAACACCUGAAACCGAUUUCUCACGAUUUAAUAUAUGCCGUCAAUGCCACGAAGUGCUAUAUAGAGGGCUUCGACAAAUCAAAGAAUUUUGCGGCUCUGGAGCAAUUUCUUCUACGUAAGGCAAAGUUUUCAUGUGGCGUUAAGAUUGGCCCCGAACCCGAUACUCGCCUCAUUACAAUUCCGGAUAUGGAGGCUAUUCUAAACACACCAACUGCAUAAUUUUACUUAAGAACUCGCAUUUCUUCAUGACUAGCAUUAGAAGUACACCAAAAGUGUAUGUUUAAACAUGAUUUUGAUAAUCAUUCGUUUACAUUUAUUCCAGCAGAUAAGAUAGAUUUGACUAAGAGUAGGAUGUUGAUCAUUCAUUCAGAAUUUCUUUAAUUUUUCAUCAUUAACUAGAAUUAAUUGUUUGUACCACAAAGAAACUCCAAUAAGUAGACUACACUUAAGAGAACAAAUAUCAUCCAUUCUCGUUA